UGUCCAAUUAUGACAAAUUACUACUUAGUAGUUUUUCAACUUUUUUUUUUUUUCCUUCUCUUUUUUUCUUUUCUUAAGCAUUUGGUGGUGGAAUUUAGCAGUCUGCACAGAAAAUGGAGCACAACAUACAAAUCCAAAUUCCAAGAGUCAAAUUAGGUACUCAAGGCCUUGAGGUCUCGAAACUCGGCUUUGGUUGUGCAGGACUUUCGGGCUUAUUAAAUGCUCCUCUGUCACAUGAAGCGGGGUGUGCAAUCUUAAAGGAAGCAUUCUUCAAAGGCAUCACCUUCUUUGACACAGCAAACGUAUAUGGCCAUGAGGGUCACAACGAGAUCAUGGUGGGAAAGGUGCUGAAGCAGCUUCCUCGUGAGCAAGUCCAACUGGCGACCAAAUUUGGGUGUAUAUUUUCCGAGGACUUCAAUGACUUCCAGUGUUACGUCAAAGGCACUCCACAAUAUGUGCGGCAAUGCUGUGAAGAAAGUCUCAAGAGGCUUGACGUGGACUACAUCGAUUUAUAUUAUCAACACCGGACAGACACAUCUGUACCAAUAGAGGAAACUAUGGAGGAACUCAAGAAGUUAGUGGAGGAGGGAAAGAUAAGGUACAUUGGCUUAUCUGAAGCCAAUGUGGACACAAUUAAGAGGGCGCAUGCUGUUCAUCCCAUCUCUUGUGUACAAAUGGAGUAUUCUCUUUGGACUCGUGCGAUAGAAGAGGAUGUAAUUCCGCUUUGUAGAAAAUUGGGCAUUGGGAUUGUCGCAUACAGCCCCCUUGGCAGCGGGUUCUUUGGUGAGAAGGCAAUCACAGAAAGUUUGCCGGCGGAAAGUCUGAUGGGUUCUCAUCCAAGUUUCAGUGGAGAAAAUUUGGAGGAGAACAAAGUUCUUUACACAAGAUUUGAUAACUUAGCAGCAAAGCAUGGUUGUACACCUCCUCAACUAGCUUUAGCAUGGCUUCUGCAUCAGGGAGAGGACGUGGUUCCGAUACCUGGAACAACAAAGAUUAAGAACCUAGAUGCCAACAUUCAAUCCAUAGCAGUGAAGCUUACACCAGAAGACGUGAAGGAAAUCGCGGAUGUCAUCCCCGUUAGUGAAGUCUCUGGAGAAAGAGAGCACGAAGUGAUGUCUAAGUACGAAUAUCGGUUAGCUAAUACGCCAUUAAAGCAGUAACAUCACGUUGGUGAGAAAUCAUUAUGGACUUAUCGCUGUUUCUUAGUUUCAAUAACUAAACUGCCUAUUCUGUUUUUGAAUAAGUGGUCAUUUAUUAUUGUUGCCCAUGACCCACGUAUUAUUAUAUGUUGUUGAUGUAUGUGUUGUCAUUUGUCAAUCUAAUUAUUGUCCAAGCUAAA